GCUUCUAAUAUCUGAAUAAAAAUGUCAUUUGUAAUGAUUAUUUUUUAUUUGAAUAUUUGUGCCUCAUAAUGGUUAAAGAGGGAAAGCUCUGCUUACUGUUUCAAAUCAUUAGCAUGCCCCUGAAUUCCAAUAACUAGAUUUUUAACAGGUGGAAAGCAGUUUAUGCCUAUGUGUGUGCAUCUGUGUAAUGCUGUAUCUGUUAAGAAUUGUAGUUCAAGGACCUUGUAAAGUGGGAAAUGGGCCUUUGAUUGAACCCGUCAUGUAUGUUAAGGGUUUGGAGCUGGCAGCAUAAUUCUACUGCAUUUGAGCUUCAUCCAUGGAAUGGAUUCAUAUCUUUUAUUUCUUUUUUAACGUUUUGAACAUUUUAGGAUUUUAUAUUACACAGAGAUACGUGCAUUAAAUACAGAUACAUAUUGUCUUCAGUUUCUGCAUUUUUCUACAAUUAUGUUGUAUUAAUUUUUUAUAUUUGUUGAUUUAAUGCUUCAGUUGCGAUUUCAAAGCCAGUUCCAGCCUAGCAACAGAUCGUGAUUGUUCAACCAACCAUUUCAACCGUGAAAUAAUCGAAAUACAAAUUAGUGACACAGUCAUGUCUGGACUUGUUGAAGGCCUUCCGGAUGCUGUUGUCAUCAGGUGCCUUGCACGGGUACCUUUCUACAUUCAUCCCAAGUUAGAGCUUGUUUCCCGUUCCUGGCGAGCUGCCAUUCAUAGCACCGAACUUUUCAAUGCCCGACAGGAGGUUGAAUCAACUGAGGAGUUUAUAUGCGUGUGCGCAUAUGACCCUGACAAUUUGUGGCAGCUCUACGAUCCUCGUCAUGACCUCUGGAUUACUCUCCCGGUUCUCCCCUCAAAUAUCAGGCACCUUGCCCACUUCGGUGUCGUCUCUACUGCAGGAAAACUCUUUGUGCUAGGUGGUGGAAGUGAUGCCAUGGAUCCUUUGACAGGUGACGAGGAUGGAAGUUUUGCAACUGACGAGGUCUGGUCAUAUGACCCUGUAGAUCGGAAAUGGCAACCCCGGGCGUCCAUGAUCGUCCCUCGUGCAAUGUUUGCAUGUUGUGUGUUGGAUGGAAAGAUAGUGGUUGCCGGUGGCUUUACUAACUGCCGGAAAUCAAUCUCUAAAACAGAAGUCUACGACCCGGAAAAGGACUUGUGGGUUUCAAUACCGGAUCUCCACCGCACACACAAUUCUGCUUGUACAGGAGUUGUCAUUCGAGGUAAGAUUCACGUCUUACACAAAGGUCUAUCGACCGUCCAAGUUUUGGACAAUAUUAAGCAGGGGUGGACGGUUUAUGACUACGGUUGGCUUCAGGGUCCCAUGGCAGUUGUUAAAGGGAAGCUGUACAUAAUGAGUCAUGGGCAGAUUUACAAGCAGGAGACAGAAUCGAGUAAGCUGGUUGUCUCAGCAUCCGAGUUCCGUAGGAAGAUUGGUUUCGCGAUGAUUGGACUGGGAGACGAUAUUUAUAUCAUUGGAGGGGUUAUUGGCCCGGACAGGUUAAAUUGGGAUAUAAAAGUGACGUCUGAUGUUGAUGUUCUGACACUCGGAAAUGAGAGACCAGUUUGGCGUCUCAUGUCUCCUAUGACCCGAUGCGGGGGAACUGUACUAGGUUGUACUCAGCUAAGGAUUUAGGUCAUUCAUAUUCGUGAUAGAAGUUCUUAUGUCCAUGCUCAAAAGAAGGAAGAAAUCAGGGCAAGCACGGGUUAUGCUUGUAGUUUUAGCCGUGCAAUGCUUUCUGUUGUUGAGUUUUCGGACAAGCUUUUUAUUUAUGUCCAAUAUCCUUUGAGAUAGGCAUUAUUUCAGUGUCAUAUGAGAAAUACAGUGUAUUAGCAUGACGAAAUCUUUUAAUGUUAUUUCAUUUCUUCAA